AGUCGGACUUUGACCGGAACCCUGGUCUGACCACAGCUCAGUCCUCACUUAGCGUACAUAACUUUAUAACCAAAAAUAAAUGCAGCUUUAUACAUUUCUCCAUCUGCGCUUCUGCUGAGGACGCUUCUACAGAUAUCACACUGUUCAGCAUGGCAGGCUGUGGAGAAGUUGACCGCUCAGUAAGUGCUCUGGCUCCCUCUAAGCUAAUAGAGGAGGUAGGAGACACUUCAGCUACAGACCCCUCAAGUUCCUCCUCCACUACCCCGGAGUGUGCCAUCUGCCUGCAGAGCUGCGUCCACCCUGUUCGCCUCCCGUGUUUCCACGUCUUCUGUUUUCUUUGUGUGAAAGGUGCUUCCUGGCAGAGCAAGCGCUGCGCUCUCUGCCGACAAGAAGUCCCAGAGGACUUCCUGGAGCGGCCGGUUCUCCUCUCACCUGAAGAACUGAAAGCAGCAGCUGCAGGGGUGAGCCGCAGUGGAGGGACCGGAGGUGGUGACUAUGCAUGGUACUAUGAGGGGCGCAACGGCUGGUGGCAGUAUGAUGAGAGGACAACCCGUGAGCUGGAGGAGGCCUUCGCCAAGGGCAGGAAGAGCACAGAGAUGCUGAUUGCAGGGUUUCUUUAUGUGGCCGACCUGGAGAACAUGGUGCAGUAUCGGCGCAAUGAGCAUGGACGCAGACGCAAGAUAAAGCGGGACAUUGUAGAUAUCCCCAAGAAGGGAGUGGCAGGACUGAGGUUAGAUCCCGAACAUGCCCCCAUCCCUGCAGCUGUCAUCCCAGCUGUGGCAGAACGUGUCAGCUCAGCUGAUGGAUCGGACACUGACGGCCAAUCACAAUCUUCAUCAUUUGCGAUUAUGGCAUCUCUUCCCCCUGUCAGACCUCCGACACUCCUGGGGCGCCAUCUCACUAGUUCCCCUCUUCCCUCACCCUUAAGUGUGGAAGAGUCUUUCUCCCAGCUCCUCAUCAGCCAGCCCGAGGGCGAAGAGGUGGAAGGAGACGAUGAGCUGCACACGUAUGAAUAUGCAUCCGGCAGCAGUGAGAGUGAGGAGGAGAGGGAGUGCGACAGAGGGAGAGGAGAAUCGAUGCCACAGAGGAGACACAUGCAAAGACCGCUAAGAGAGAGCCAGCCAGCCAGGAUGCCUCCGAGGGGUGGGCCCUCCAGUUCUGCACUCAGUCUCCGCUCACGCAGUCCUGAUGGUCAGUGCACUGUGACAGAAGUGUGACAGCGACAGGACAGUGGUUUCUGUUCUACAGAUGACAGUGCUUAAACUUUAAUCAGGUCGGCAAAAAAGUUUGAAAACCAGUAUGCAUCUUUAAAGGUCCCAUGAAAUGAAAUAUACCUUCUUCAUGUGCUGUUUUGUCAUUCUGUGUAUUUUGCCCUAUCAAUCAUGUGCCAAAUACAACCCUAAAAUGUAUUUUACUUAUUUUUAUAUCAAAACAUUCUUGGCCUAUUCAGAUGUCUCCAUACAUUUGAGUGUAUGUUUCAUGUAGUAUUGCUGAAAUAAUAAAACAUUUGUCAUUUCAUGGGACCUUUAACACACAAAUUAAAGCCUUUUGUUAUAAACUUCAAAAGCGAGUUUCAGCCAGCAAUAUAUAAUGCACACAGUGAUAGUUAUGCAUCGCUCUCAGCAGCAGGUUAUGUAGUGAAGUAUAACAGUCUUGAGCCCUUUUUACACCUUGUAUUAAUAUGCGUCCUGGCUUAUUUGGUCACAAGUGGACCACUCUGAGUACAGGUGUAAGUUCCACAUAGCCCUUCAGUUAAAUCAAAUUUUACUUAAAUAAAGGCAGUAAGUGUUCCUAUAGUGUGACAAAUCUCCCACUGGUUAAAAGCAACAACACAUUUGGUCUUUGCAAACUGAAAUGAUUCACUGGUUUAUUUGCAUACAGAGUGGAGAAGUGAGAUCUGAACACAUGUGGUCAUUUGAGACGCAUGUGGAGAGGCGUCUAAUGCCAGCUGUAGAAUAGAGCUGUCCACUUGUGACUGGAUCACCCAAGUGACAUGAUAAUACCAGGUGUAAACAGACUGUUGUUGAAGUCAAAGAAAGUUGAGAAACUACAGCAGAUUCUUGGUAAAUAUUGGCCAAAAACUAUAAUUUGUCACUGCCUUUCCAUCGGUUUGUGACAUGGCAAUACAACCUCUUUUGAAAUUAUCAUAAUUUUUCUUGUACUGGGAUCAGACACUUCAAAGGUAUUUAAACCUUUGAAACGUCAGCAACUUGGCUUGCUUUCAGUUGAAAUUACAAGAAAAAAAAGGCAUUGGCCAUCUUGGCAAGAAUUGUUCCGCAAAUUGCAAGAAAUAAGUGGAUUUGUUAAAUUAUUUUUAAAGAAGCAAGGGAAAAUUG